UACUUUUUAUCCAAUCAAACAUUUGUAAAUUUUAUUUCCUUAUCUUGUGCACGUUCACGGAAAACAAUUUGGACCACUUUAAUAAAGAAAGCUGCAACUGUUUCUUAGUUUAGAAAAUAUUAACAUUAAUACUAUUCGAAUGACGAAAUUAUAGCUAUUCAUAAAUUAUUUUGCAGAAAAUUGUGUUUUGCUUUCUUGUGUUCGGGUUGGUAAAGGCUGGUCCCUUGGAUUGAACCUGCUAAAAUUGUGCAUUGGUUGUUAAAGACAGUGAUUCUGCCGCCAUCUGGAUCAAUUUUCUGCCAUAUAAAUUAAAAACAAAUUUAAUUUGCUAACGAAAACGGGCUCGAAAACUGAUAACGAUUUUUCGUAGUGAAAAAUUGGCUGUUCUAAAAAAAAGUAAAGCAUUAUCAAAUUUCCCAUUAAUCUCAGUAUAGGAUCGUUUGGAUGUAUGUAAACAGUGGCUUCCCUAACCUUGAUAAUUACUGAUAUCAGCACACGCAUUGAGGAACUUCUAUAAAGAAAGCUCAAACAACUGAAGCGUAAAUGUGAAGUUAAAGGCUUAUUAUUCUGAUUGGCUUAAAAGAUAAGAAAUAAUGCGAAUGAACCCGCUGCACCAGUGAAGACGCGUAAAACCCAACAAACAUAAAGCGGAAGUGUUGAUAGAAAAAUUAUAAUUGCUGUCAAUGACAUCACAAGUUGUACAUUAGUACACCUAUGCAUAUAUGUACAUUCGUACGGUGCUUGUGCGUAUAUAGUGAACUACUUUCAAAGAUUUUAAAACAGAUUACGCUAAGCUUAUUUUACCAGUUAAUUUUAACUUAGUAAGUUUAUUCAAACUUACCACAAACAUACAAAUUUUGUAAAGAAAUAAUUCAGUAAAUACUGACUAGCUCUGUUGGACUAUAUUUUUGCAUGGUUUCGUCUUGUUAACUUUUCGCUAAACAAAUAAAAUAGGAUAUGGCCGGUGGUGCAGCAUCCAUAUCGCAGGGUAGCUCCGAUAACCGCGCUAAUCCCACGUGCACAGUUUGUUCAUCGCCAACAUACUCCCGAAAUGCCAGUAAUGAUAACUUUAUGCAAAUUAUACACUCGGAAGCGUUAAUGCGUGGUCUUAAUGCGUUACGUUGUUCGGAAAAACUAUUUGAUGUUACACUAAUUGUGGAGGGACGUAUGUUUAAGGCACAUCGUGUCGUAUUGGCUGCCUGCAGUGACUAUUUUUGCGCCAUGUUCACAGAUGCCAUGCGGGAAGCUCAUCAAUCAGAGAUUCAGUUAAACGGCAUAAAUGCACAUGGCAUGGAGUUGUUGCUCGAAUAUGUCUACACAUCAAAAUUAGAAUUAGAUCGCAAUAAUGUACAAGAUGUUCUAUCUGUAUCCACACAUGUGCAGAUGAAAGCCGCCAUCGAUGCGUGUUCACACUUCCUCGAAUCACAAAUCGAUUUGGAUAAUUGUGUUGCCAUCACUGCAUUGGCCGACUUAUACUCGCUGGAGCCGCUAAAGAAGAAAGCUUAUCGUUAUAUGUGUUCCCGAAUGGAUGAAUUUGCGCAAACACCAGAUUUACUAAACCUUACAUUAGACCAGUUUGAGCAUAUUCUUGCUUGUAAUUAUCCAGUAGAUUGCUCAGAACAAAGAGUACUCGAAAUCGUAUUGGAAUAUUGUUUGAAAUCUAAUUUGAAACCAGAGUUGACACGACGCCUCUUCGACAAAAUACAAUUUCAUCAAAUCAGUGAUUCUGCAUUAAUGACCUUUACCACCAAAUGGCGCACACAACUCGAAUCUGAACCCAAUAGCAAUUCCAUAUCAUUUGCCUACUAUCGAAUAUUGAAUGAUGAAAUGAUAAAGCAAGAGAUGGGAAAAUUACGUUUGACCGAAUCCUAUGCAGAUGAUUUGCGCUCGACAGAGGUCCUAACGAAUACGCGUGGUAUGGAAUUGGCCUUGGUGAAGAUUGGCGGUUUCGAAACAAAUGGUCUAACAAAUCGUAUUAGUUGUUAUCUGCCAUCGAAGGGCAAAUGGGAGAGCCUUACCGUGAUUCCGCACAUAGAGCAAUGCAAUUACGGUACAGCAGUUUUGGGUAAUGAUUUAUAUGUGGUAGGCGGCUCUUAUGAUGUCUGUCUCAAGGAAUACAUACAUCCCUUUGGCUUUCGCUAUUGUCCAGCCAAAAACAAAUGGAAAACUAUAGCACCUAUACAAGCGGACCGCUGUCGCUUCUCACUGAAUGCGAUGGGUGGGAAUUUUCUGUACGCGGUGGGCGGUGUUUGUGAACUGAAUGAAAAUGAUGGCGGCGCUGAGUUUUGGGCACAAGACAUGGCUGUUUCAAACUGCGAACGUUAUGAUGCCAAUGCAGAUCGUUGGGAAUAUUUGCCGGCGUUGGCUGAGAAUCGCAGUCAACAUGCAGGCGUGGUGUUGGGUGAUCAGUUAUAUAUAUCGGGUGGCAUUGAUCGACACAUUGUACUGCCUACGCUUUGGCGCUUCGACACGAAAUCUAGUAAAUGGCAUAGGCUUUGUUCGAUGCCAACACCACGUGCCGAUCAUGUACUCAUCGUUUUUGAUGGUCGCAUAUAUGCCUUUGGGGGUUGGUAUGAAGAUCCCGUAACUGAGAUGCGUGUUUUGGCAGAUGCGGUGGAUGUUUACGAUGUAGCAACGGACGAAUGGUUAACAGAAUCACGAAAUCCUAUGCCGAAGUAUUACACAGGUGUGGCAGCGGUUAAAAGAAAAGUUUAUUUCAUCGGUGGUUUACUUUCAACAGCAACUAUUAAUCGUGCCACAUCCGCUGUGCAAUGUUACGACUUGGACACAAAGCAAUGGUCAUUCAGUUCGGAAUGGGAAUAUCCGAAAGAGGUAUGGGAGAGUACAUGUGCGGCUUUAUAUGUGCCACGCGAACGUGAUAAUGUGAAGUACUAUUGGGAUGAUGUAUAAUAGGGAGACUCUAAAGUAAAGCAUAACUAAAAUAGUCCAUAUAUGUACAUAAGUAUAUUAAAAAAAAAAUCAAACGGAAAAUAUAUGUAAAAGCUAUUAAUGCUUAAAGCAUGUCAUGUAGAAAUUGUAUACUUUCCAAUGAAUUUUUUGUAUAUAAAAAAAAAAAAGGUUUUGAACUAAAAAUGAAUUAAAUUUUGCUAAGCUUUG